UCGGAGCAGACGGGCGGCGGUUCCUCGGGAGCCUCGGCAGUGGGGCUCACGUCCCCCGGCCCGAACCCCGCUCCGCUGAGGCCUGCGCCCCGCUCCGCUGCUGCCGCCGCCGCCAUGGCGGAAGUUCACAGACGUCAGCAUGCUCGGGUUAAAGGAGAAGCCCCCGCGAAAUCCUCCACACACAGACAUGAGGAGGAGCUGGAGAUGGCUCCGGCCGAAACGCUGACGGUGUUCCUGAAGCUGCUGGCCGCCGGCUUCUACGGCGUGAGCUCCUUCCUGAUCGUGGUGGUGAACAAGAGCGUGCUCACCAACUACAGAUUUCCGUCCUCCCUAUGUGUUGGACUUGGCCAGAUGGUGGCCACUGUAGCUGUUCUCUGGGUGGGAAAGGCACUCAGAGUAGUCAAGUUUCCCGACUUUGACAGAAAUGUACCUCGAAAGACAUUUCCACUACCUCUACUAUAUUUUGGGAACCAAAUCACCGGAUUGUUCAGCACAAAAAAACUGAACUUGCCAAUGUUUACAGUUCUGAGAAGGUUCUCUAUCCUGUUUACAAUGUUUGCUGAAGGACUUCUACUGAAGAAGACUUUUUCUUGGGAUAUUAAGAUGACUGUAUUUGCAAUGAUUAUUGGAGCCUUUGUAGCUGCCAGCUCUGACUUGGCAUUUGAUCUGGAAGGAUAUGUUUUUAUUCUGAUAAACGAUGUUCUGACAGCAGCAAAUGGUGCAUACGUGAAGCAAAAAUUAGAUUCAAAAGAGCUAGGAAAAUAUGGUCUGCUCUAUUACAAUGCACUGUUCAUGAUUCUGCCCACCCUGGCCAUUGCAUAUUUCACAGGAGAUGCACAAAAGGCAAUGGAGUUUGAGGGCUGGGCUGACACCCUGUUUCUUCUACAGUUUACCCUCUCCUGUGUGAUGGGGUUUAUCUUGAUGUAUGCCACCGUUCUCUGCACUCAGUAUAAUUCUGCUCUUACAACUACAAUAGUUGGUUGUAUUAAGAAUAUAUUAGUAACUUAUAUUGGAAUGGUUUUUGGGGGUGAUUAUAUAUUUACAUGGACAAAUUUCAUUGGCUUAAAUAUCAGUAUUGCUGGAAGCCUGGUGUAUUCUUACAUUACUUUUACUGAAGAGCAGCUGAGCAAACAGUCAGAAGCCAGUAACAAACUGGACAUUAAAGGGAAAGGAGCUGUGUGACCAGAGGACUGCAACUGCACAUGCCCAAGUUUCUUAUUGGCUUAAAGCUGGGCAGCUCCCUACAGAUACUGAAUAUCCUGAUCGUGGGAUUACCAUUUGUUUGCACUUGUAUGAUAUGGGGAUUGUUUGUGGUCUUUGAAAAUUUUAUCAGAGAAACUUUUAAUUGAUGUUAAGUAUGUUGUUUGAAUUAAUUUAUAUCAGCUUGGAAAAUGUAGUAGGCUUUCAAUUUAUUUUUCAAUUCUGACAGUGAAACAUCAUUUUUUUGAAAAUAUUUAUUCCAUAGUUUGAUAUCCAGGGGACCCUGAGAGCUGCAUGUAUAGUGUGCUCCCUCUGGAGCCUCACCAUUCUGUCUGGAGCAGUUGAGCUUUCCUCUGCUGGGAAGGCAGCACCUUUGCUCUGGAUUGCACAUUUGCCUCUGUUCCUUGGGCACUAUUAACCUAGACAGUCUGUAUUUUGGUGUCUUAAUUAGGAGACUAGAGAGGCGCUUUUUUCCCCCCAAUUUCAAAGUUUUACUUGUAGGAUCCACAACUUGCUUAUAGGCUUUAAGAAAAGCAAUUUGCAAGUGUUUUAUAGUCCUCAUGUAUCAGGAACCCAUGGCAGGUUUGCAUGGGUCAAGCUGAAGCAUAGUCUCUACAGACACAGUAGAAUAUCUUUCCUCAGAAGAUUUGCAGGUGUACCUAGGCUUGGGUGCUUUUGUUUUCCUUAUUACACCCUCUUUCACUGAGAAAAGACUUAAUGAUCAGCACUUUUGCUAAGUUUGGGGACACAGUGCUUGCUCUCAAGAAGUUUAUAAUUCUUCAGCCAGAAGUGGUGGCCUGGACCCUAACUGAGAGAGGAUACAGAUGCAAGAAGUUAGUAACAUGUGAGCAAAAGCUGUGUGCAGCUUUGAGGUGCACCACCCUGAAAUGGAAGUGGUGUUUCAAUCUCAGAGGACUUUCAUACUGUAUUUCUCCUCUAUCUGAGAGACUACACAGCUGUUAGAAUUCUGAGUAGCUGGAGCUCUUCCUCCCCUGUUGCAUGUACUCUUAUCUCCUGGUAGCUGUUUUAUACAGGCUCUUAUACCUGGUUUUCCCCUCUGUGAGGAAGAAAGUACUCAGAAUAAAGGAGGGAGUGACUACAGAACUACUUAGGCACUCUCAGCAAAUGUAGCUGCAGUCCCUCUUUCAUUGUGAGACUAUGGGCAACAGAGGCCUGGGCAGUAUGUGUAUGUGUUUCCUGAGAAACAUGACCCUGUGCCUAAUUGCCUUGGGACUGCCUAGGAAACAAUUUUAAAAACUCAAUACAAUUGUUGCUACUGUAUGUUGCACUUGCUUCUUCCUGAUUUUGUUGUUAUUGUU